GACUUGUGGUGACGUAAGUUGUGGUGUAAUCACCAAGUGUUUGAAUUCACCAAGAACAAGGACUAAAGAAAAGGGUGUGGCGAUACUAAUGAUUUACAUAGAGCUAGAAAAAAUUGAAAUUGUACAGGAAGAACUCCUGAAAGGUCUUGCCAACAAGCAGCCUAAGGUGGUGGUAGGUUGCCUGGCUGUACUUAGGGAAGCUUUGAAUGGAUUUGGUUCUAAAAUUGUCACAGUGAAGCCAAUUGUCAAAGCUUUACCAAAACAGUUUGAAAACAGAGAUAAGAAUGUAAGAGAAGAAGCCAAGUUAUUGGCUAUUGAAAUUUACAGAUGGGUUGGAGCAGCAUUUAAGCCAGCAAUACAGUCUAUUCCAGCAAUUGCACUCAAAGAACUUGAAGAGGAAUUUGAAAAAAUGCCCAGUAAACAAGCAAAACAGACAAGGUUUUUGAAAUCUCAGCAGGACUUAAAAGCUAAGAUGGAAGCAGAGGCUGCCUGUGAUGAAGUUGAUGGAGAUGUGGACGAUGAAGAUGAAAGUGAUGAAACGGCGGGUGCUGCUGCAGUUGAUCCGUAUGAACUCUUAGAUCCUGUAGAAAUAAUAACAAAAAUACCCAAAGAUUUUUAUGAAAAUAUUGAGGCUAAGAAGUGGCAAACACGUAGAGAAGCAUUAGAAGCAAUUCAGCAGCUAUGUUCUCACCCUAAACUGGAACCUGGUGAUUAUGGCGAUCUAGUUAGAGCACUUAAAAAGGUGGUAGGUAAAGAUACUAAUGUCAUGCUAGUGACUCAUGCUGCCAAGUGUCUAUGUGGAUUAGCUACAGGUCUCAGAAAAAAAUUCCAGCCAUAUGCUGUCCAGUGUAUACAAACCAUUCUGGAGAAGUUUAAGGAGAAGAAACCAGCCGUAGUAGCUGCACUUCGGGACGCAAUAGAUGCCAUCUUUGUUUCAACAAAUCUUCAAGCAAUCCAGGAGGAUGUAAUAACUGCUCUAGAAAGCAAAAACCCAUCCAUCAAAGCAGAAACCAGCUUAUUCCUAGCAAGAUGUUUUAAAAAAAUUUCUCCAGCGAACUUGCCAAAAGGCGUACUUAAACCGAUACUGGCUCCUCUAGCAAAGAAAAUGGAUGAUACUGUACCAGAUGUUCGUAAUGCUGCAGCUGAAGCAUUAGGUACUGUGCUGAAAGUCAUGGGUGAGAAGCCACUAACUGGAUUCUUAGCUGAUAUGGAUAAACUUAAAGUUGAAAAGAUAAGGGAAGCUUGUGAAAAAGUUGAAUUGGAACAUGGAGGGAAAAAACCUAAAACCCAAGAAACUAAAAAACCUGCUGCUACUACCAAAGCAGCUGUAUCAAAGAAACCGGCUGCUGGGAAACGGCCCACAACGGCAGGUGCUGGUGGUAAGGCUGGGGCAAGUAGCUCUACAAGACCAUCAACAGCACCAGCUGGUGGUAGGAAAAAGAAAGUUCCAGCUGGUGGGGCUAAAGAAGAAAUGACAGAACCGUUCCUUUCUAAUGAAGAAGUUGAUGAGAAAGCAGAAGUGCUUCUGCCUUCCUCCGUAUUAAAAACCUUGGCUAGUAGCAAUUGGAAAGAAAGGCUUGCUGCAAUUGAAGAAUUUACCAAGAUCAUUGAUGGCAUGGAAAAGAAAGACAUUCCAGUACAAGUAUUUUUGAGAGUCCUUGCAAAGAAACCUGGCUGGAAGGAGAACAAUUUUCAGGUGCUAAAGGGAAAAUUCUUACUUGCUAAGUUGAUACUUGAGAAAGGCAAAGUAUCAAAGAAAUCUGGAACAGUGGUAAUUGGAGGUGCUGUUGAGAAGAUAGGAGAUGCUAAAGUUGGCUCUGUUGUUGGUGAUACUCUCUCUGCAUUAGCUGAAUGUACAUCACUUGGAUGGGUCAGCUCUGAGGCUGUCUUCUAUGCUUUUGAUGAACAGAAAAACCCCAAAAACCAAUCUGAAAUUCUGAACUGGUUUUCAAAUGCAAUUAAAGAGUUUGGAUUCUCAACUUCGUACUGUUCGACGUUGUUGAUGUUAUUAGGAUCGAGCAAGUUUGGUUCGCUUGGUGACGGGUUGUUCCUAAAGUGUUAUAUACCAUAUAUAAAGAAAUCUCUUGCAGCGGUGAAUCCACUUGUGAGGACUUCGGGAGUGACCCUGAUUGGUGUAAUGUUCAUGUAUAUGGGUCCACCAAUACGAGUAUUAUUUGAGGAUGAAAAGGCAGCAUUACUUCAACAAAUUGAUGCUGAAAUUAAAAAGAUACAAGAUGAAAAACCACCAAAGCCGACUCGUGGCCAGUCGAAAGGUGGUAGCUCCAAAGGUGGUGGUGGUGAAGACAAUGAUGACAGUAACAAUGAGGAUGAUGAAAAUGAGGCUGGUGCUGCUCAUGCUGUUGAGGACUUGGUGCCAAGAGUAGAUAUUGGACCUCUCAUAACAUCACAGAUAAUAGAAGAAAUGGGUGAUCAAAAGUGGAAAGUCAGAGGAGAAGCAUUAGAAAAAGUCCAAGGGAUUAUUAAUGAUGCUAAAUUUAUCACAUCAAAUUUGGGUGAUCUUCCACCUGCUCUGAAAGCAAGACUUGGGGACAACAACAAAAAACUGGCAUCAACUGCAACAUCUAUCUGUCAACAAAUAGCAACUUCUAUGGGACCUAGCUGUAAUAAGUAUUUUAAAAUGUUUGCUCCAGGUAUACUCAAUCUGUGUUCUGACAAUAAGGCUGCUGUCCGUAGUGUUGCUAUUGCGUCAUUGAAUGCCUGGGUUGAACAAUGCGGACUUGCUCCUCUGUUUGAAGAUGAAAUCAUGUCUUCAGCUUUGAGCACUGAUAACCCUUAUCUUAGAGUAGAGAUCUAUGGGUGGCUAGAACAACAGAUGCCAAAGUGUCGAUCUUUACCAAAUGAAGGUGUUUUGCAAUGCAUACCUUUGUUGUAUGCAGCCUUGGAAAAUAGGAAUGCAGACGUCAGGAAGAAUGCACAGGGAGCUGUCCCAAUGUUUAUGAUGCAUUUAUCAUAUGAAAAAAUGUUUAAAAUGGCUGGUAAACUCAAGACUUCAUCAAAAGAUCAAGUAGUUGGUAUUUUAGAAAAGCAACGGGGUAACGUACCUGAAAAACCUGGUAAAGCCAAAAAGUCUAAAGCUGUAGAUAAAAAAGAACCAGAGAGUAGUACAGCAGAGCCGGAACAAAAGAGGCCAAAAACUGCUCCUUCAAAAAUGAAGGUGAGCAAGUCAAUGUCCUGUAUUCCAGCAGAGGUUAAUUCUGAAAAGAACAAAGCAGAGAGACAAAAUGCUUUGGUAGAUGGUCCUCUAAAGUCCAAUUUGGCAGUCAGGAAGGGCUCCAAGGGCAAUAUUGCUAAGCCAAAGGCUGGAAGUAAGAAAAGUGCUGCUGCGGCUGAUGAAGACACAUCCCCUCCAUUGACAAGCAAUAAUGGUAAACACAAGCGUAUCAAAGAUGAACAUGAUCUCAAGGUGCUCAAGUGGAAUUUUACAUCUCCUCGUGAUGAACACAUUGAUCAAUUGAAGGACCAAAUGCAAGCGUCAUUCAGUAGAACUCUCAUAACUAGUUUGUAUCAUUCUGAUUUCAAACAACAUAUCAGUGCACUUGGUAUACUUAUAGAGUGUGUUGAAAGUAAUAAAGAUGCUGUCAUCUGUAACUCUGAUUUGCUGCUGAAGUGGAUUACUUUGCGGUUCUUUGACACAAAUACUACAGUUAUCUUGAAGUGUCUGGAGUUUUUAACAGCACUAUUUACAAUGCUGGCUGGUGAAGAAUAUCACCUCACAGAGCAGGAAGCAUCUUCUUUUAUUCCAUAUUUAGUUACAAAGGUUGGUGAUUCGAAGGAAGCAGUACGCCGUGAUGUGCGUGCAAUCAUGAAGUUGAUUACUAAAAUUUAUCCUGCCAGUAAAAUGUUUGUAUAUCUCAUUGAUGGGUGUAAAUGUAAGAAUGCCAGGCAACGACAGGAAUGUAUUGAGGAGCUUGGUUGUUUGAUAGAGUUAUUUGGAAUGACUGUUUGUCAGCCUUCGCAGCCUAAGGCAAUGAAAGAGAUUGCUUCCCAGAUUGGCGACAGGGACAACAGUGUGAGAUCUGCUGCCCUCAACACGUUAGUACAAGCCUAUGCGAUUGUUGGUAAUGACCUGUAUAAGUUAGUUGGAAAUCUGAAUGACAAAGACCUGAGUUAUCUUGAAGAAAGGAUCAAGAGGUCAGCUAAAAAACCACCCAGUAAAACUCCAGCAUCACAAAAGGAAGAAAAACCUGACAAGAAAAAAGGUCCAAUGCCGCCUGGAUGGCGGGACCAGUUCAGAAAUCCAUCAGCUGGACCAAAUCCCCAACAAAGGCCUCGAACAGCACCAGUGCAUCGAGAGUUUGCACUAGAUUUGGACAAACUUGAUGCAGACCAAGAUGACACGCGGGAAAUGCCACAGCUCGUGGACAAUGAAGUAGAUGAUAUCUUGAACCGUCCUGUUAUUUUACCAGAACCAAAAAUGAGAGCUGCCUCUCCAUCCUUAUCAAGACUGGCUACAAGUAGUAGUGCAGCAUCAGCAUUAGAUUUAGUCAUCUCACAAGUAGCAAGCAAUGAUAUUAAUAUAAGUAUACAGGCAUUAGCUCAGCUUGAUGAAGUUCUCAAAGAUGAAGAGAAGUCUGAAGCAUUAUGUAAUCAUGUUGAUAAUUUACUAGUUGUUAGUGUACUUCAACUUCGGCUAGCUUUUACCAAAUAUAUGGGAGAGGAUGACAGCUCAAAAGAAAAUGUUACAAAGUUGUACAGAUGUCUGGCUGCUUGUCUUAUGUCUUUAUUUCAGAAUAACGUGUUAGCAAAACGGAUAUCCAGGGAUGUGUUAAAAGAUCUCCUACAUGGCUUGAUAACAGUAUUAUUGGAUGACAGACUAACAGAAAUACCCGAUGGACCUCAAGUUGUUCGCUCUGUUAAUGUUCUUGUAGUAAAAAUAGUUGAGAAAUCUGAUUCUAACAACGUCCUUUGUGCUUUGAUUAAACUUUUACAAGACUGUGUGGCUAUUGAAAGCACAACGCCGAAAUUUACAGAACUAGUUAUGAAGUGUUUAUGGAAAAUGGUACGAAUGCUUCCAAAUGUUGUGACUGAGCUAAACCUUGAUAGGGUGCUGUUAAAUCUACACUUGUUUUUAAAAGCUUUCCCAGUGCAAAUGUGGAAAGAACGGGAAAUUGACACUCCGCUCCGAACUAUUAAAACUAUUAUUCACUCGUUAGGCAAGCUACUAGGAAAUAAGAUUAUGAGUCAUUUCAGUUUAAUAGAAGAUCCAAGUGAAUCUGAAUUACAAGCUUAUCUUCAAAAGGUGCUACGAACUGGUCCAAGUAGACGAUCAUCAGGUACAAAGCCUGGCAAUAGUCCUGCAAGGCAAAUCAACGGCAAUGGCAGUGGUAACGGCAGUGGUAACGGCAGUGGUAAUGGCAGUGUACCAAAUACCACUGGACAGGCAGUCACACCUUCUUAUCCAAAAAAACCUUCCUCAAACCUGUUGGCAGAGAUUUUUAAUCGGGUUUCGUCAAAGGAAAACACAAAGGAGGGCCUCAAUGAACUUUAUGAAUUUAGGAAGAGAUAUCCUGAAACUGAUAUUGAGCCGUAUUUGAAAAAGACAACACAAUUCUUUCGAGGUUAUGUUGACAAAAGCCUAAAGGAACUGGAAGAGUUAAAGGGAGAUAAAGUAGCGCCAUUAUCAACUAUGCGUACACAAGAGGUUGCAACUGAGAGUGCUGAAGGUGGAAUUCAUACAUCAUCAAGUAUGCCAUCUAUCACGUCGUUACCCACCAGUGGCGGUGGUGACGAUGCGGAGCCAGAUCCUGAAGUUUACAGAGAUAGGUUAAAAAUACUUCGUGCUAGAUUUGGAUUGGACAACGAUGCUGACAGUAAGCCUGGUUCUUCAACAGGAGGAACCCUUCCUCGGCCAGAAACUGCACCAAGUAAUUUGGAGAAUAAAGGAUCUGCAGCACGACCACGGUAUUCGUAUCAAAAGAUUUCGCUUGGAACAAGCUCCACAUCAAUCCCAGGAUCCUCUAGUACAUCACAAGUCACUGAUAACAAUGUAGCAGAUUUGAAAAGGAGGCUUGAGAGAAUAAGGUCACAGAACAAGCAUUCCGACUGAGCACUGCCAGGUGGACAAUGUCCUCAAUAAGCUUGACAGAAGACUUUUAUUGGUAGAGAUUUAACUGCUGGGUGCGCUUGUGAGUUUUUACAAGUCUACCAGAUAUACAGUUGAGAUUGUAUAUUAGAUGUGAAGCAAACCUGUGCAUGCAUAAAGCAACUACAGUUAUGCAGGUUUUACUCAUUUCCCAACGAUUGUAGGUAGUAAUGGAAAUUGUGUGAAAGACAUUUUUUUCUAUCCUUCACCUGUAUUUUGCUGCUUAUCUCAUUCUAUUAUGUUUUCAUCACGAUGGACAGCUGUCGUUAAGCUGUAUGUACAAUCUCUGUUUUUGGAAGCAGUGUAAAGCACUAGCACAGUACUUAUCAAUAAGUUGCAUGUCCUAAAAACAUGGAUACCUCACUUCUGUUAAUUAGAUAUUUAAUUAUACUCGUUCUCAUCUUGUUUACAUUUAUAAGUUUUCAAUUUACAUAUUUGUCUUUGCAUUCUGCUGUUUUGUGCUUCCAAUUGCAAUCAAUUUGUACAUUUGUAUGUUAAUUUAAGAACCAUUUUACUGAUUCCCAAGUGACAACGGUUCUUGUUCAGUGCCACUCUAGGCUGAAAUUGACAAUCAAUGACUUUCUUUCCUGUCCUCUUGUGUGAUAUCUGGUGGCGGCGGGUUUGUACAUAGAAAAAAACUGAAUGAGUGUGUGCGUGCAUGAGUGUCUUUGCGUGUGUGAGGCUUGUGAAUAAAAGGGAUCCUGCUUUUCCUUUUCGGCUUUAACUUUGGUAUUCUACAAGCAUACAAUAUCAGGGUCAAUGCUUGUGCCCUACUGCAGACUAAUUAUAAAUAGUGAUGGUAUAUUUAUGUUGAAAGGCAAUCAGGUGGGUCAUUCAAGGCAAUAGCAUCUGAAUUGCAAGUCCCGAUAAUCCACUACUGAUGACUGCAUUUGUUGAAGACAUGAUUUUCUUAUGUGUAAAUUUUUGAAAACCAAAAUUACGUUGGACCGAGAAUGAGUACAGUGGAAAUGUAUUUAUUCUUGCGGUGGUGACUGUAUCAUGCUUACAUUGCAUUCUGUGAAUGUUUACAAUUUCAUACUGACCAUCUCUUGCAUAGCUGUAUGCUACAUGAAUGUUACCUGUAUUCAUAUAUGUAGUUUUUAGCAUAGACCUUUCUUGAGCUGGGCAAAUGUCUUUAAAUUGUGAAGUGUAUGCAACUUACAACUCAUUCAUGUGAUGUAAUAUGUUUAUUGGAGCUGACUAUUAAAAUGUUUUAUCUGUAUCAUA